AAAAUCAUGUGAUCAUGUGACGCUUCCUGGAGAGUUACUUUCACGCAUCACUUUUCCUCUCCACAACAUUUACUGGCAGCAGAUCCUACGCCCACAGCGGGAUUUUGUUUCGAGUUUGGGCUUAUCUAAGGCAUGGCUGACGAGCGAUCGCCUUUGCUAUCGGACAGUCGCGAUGGAAUGAACUGGUUGUUACCGGGAGAUGAGCCCUAUGGACCUCCGAGCAAACCACAGAAUUUCUCAGCAUUCCCGUCAGCUCCUCCCGCAUCGAUGCUGGGAGAGGCUCCUCCACCGUACUCCCCGCUGGGUUCUCCGGAGAGUGGCAGUGCUACCGUCAUCAGCUGCAGAGUCUGUCAGUCACUUAUCAGCGUGGAGGGCAAAAUCCACCAGCAUGUGGUCAAAUGCAGUGUCUGCAAUGAAGCUACACCCAUAAAGAAUGCUCCAGCAGGAAAGAAGUAUGUGAGGUGUCCAUGUAACUGUCUUCUCAUCUGCAAAGUCACCUCGCAGAGGAUCGCCUGCCCUCGACCAUACUGUAAGCGAAUUAUCAAUUUAGGUCCAGUUCAUCCCGGUGCUGGGAGUCCGAAUCCUCAGCUUAGUGGUGCCAGAGUUUCCUGUGGCCACUGUGGAAACACUUUUCUGUGGACAGAAUUUACAGAUCGGACAUUGGCUCGCUGUCCACACUGCAGAAAAGUUUCAUCGAUUGGCCAGAGGUACCCUCGAAAGCGGAGUUUGAUAUGCUUCCUGUUGUGCUUGAUCUUCAUCAUAACGACUGCAGGAUUGAUUGCUGGAUCAUGGCGGAAGGCACCAAAAUAUAAGGGCAUUUAUGCAUCCUGGGCAUUUUUCAUUUUCCUGGUGCUGAUCACUUUGUUCAGAGCUGUGCACUGGGCCUGCAUGAAAAUCAGUGAACCGCUGCACAACUACUCCUAAUAGGAGAGAUGAAUGAGGAGGAGGUAGAGAUGAAGUGGAAGAGACAAGAAUAAUGAGAAAAGAUGUUAAUGGAGUGAUGCUUUGUCCAAAUUGGUGAAAACCUGUCAGGAAACCCAUCCAAAUCAUAUUUCUCCCCAAAAUGAUCUGCUUCCUAAACACUGCACAAAUAGAAGAGGCAUAGAAAAACACAUAUUUCAGCAUUGUCAGUAGUUAGUUUAAUUGCACAAUCAGUAACUGCUGAAACAAGCCAUUUUUGCCCUAUCACUCUGGUGUCACACAAAUAUGUUGAAACAUUAGAGUUCGAAUGAGACUGUGGCUGAAUUGCUGACAGAAAGUGUAAGUGCUUCACUUGACAGUGUGCUCUGUUGUUUAAUUUUGGGGGAACUGAAAUUUUAGCUGUGUUGAUAAUCGUAUGCUGACCUGUUACUUCGAAUGAAGAGUAUGAGCAAAAAAAAAAAAAAAAAGGGAAAUGACAUGAAAACUCCACAAUGAGGCAUUUGGACAGGUUCAAAGACUAUGGAAAAGCAAAAACUGAUCUUUUUUUGGCAGUGCAUUUUAGUGCACUUUUUAUUGUCACAUAGUACUGGAACGUGCAAUAGACUGAAUCACAGGCAACAAUGAAUUGUUCUUUCAGUGUGGUUUAUUGCUUUUCCAUGGAUAUUAUUCACUGGAUGUUUUUUUUUUCUUUUUUUUUUUAAUGUUUGUUACCCAGGGUAUGACGCAAUCUUUGUCUUCAUUUUCUUCCUCCGAUAGCAUUCAGCAUGUCUUACUGUGUAUCUGCACCAUCAAAUACAUCUUAGGCACAAAAUUAUGCUUUGCUUACUAACAAAAAAAACGCUCAAACAUCUGACACAAUGCAAUAGUACAGGUAUUUUUGAGAUUUCUAAAAAUCCUUAUAUUACUUUUGUUGAUGCUAUUUUUAAAUCCGGCAUCACUGCUCAUUAUUUGUACCUGUCUGUGGUUGUAAAACUGCAUUAAAAUAUUCUUCAUUGCUAUAAAGACCUUCAGCAUUACCAAGCAGAGUGUGACAGGCAGAGAUUUUUAUAAUUUUAAUGACAAAAAAAAAAGUAUGCUAGUGGAUGUAAAUACUCAUCAAACAGAAUCACUGUGAUUGACUAAAUAUUUAUACGGUCAGAACAACAUGUACAAGAGCUGGGACAACAUUGUACCUUACCUACCUGAAAAAAUACUCAUUAGUAUCUUAGAUUAAUAAUAUGUACCCUUAAUGUAAUAUUAGAACCUUUAACAAAGGUAAAGGGGUAAAUAGGGUACAAAUUUGUUCAAAUUUAUUCAGAAAGUGUAAUCAGAUGUAAAUAUACUAGAUGACCAAACUCAUAGGCUUGUUUCCAGCUGAAAUUAACCCUUCGCACUGCACUCUUCAUUAAGAUACAGAUAUAUAGUAAUGGAUACUAGUACCUGUACCUACUGUAUUCUGUGAAAUGCAGAUGUGACCAGCACAUUUUUAUUUUUUGCAGUUUAUGAUUUGUUUACAUGAGUGUGCAGUUGUACUGUGCAUUUACUCAAA